UGUUUUGACUUGUGUUUUUUUUUGUGGUGACACCGAUUACAAUUAUUUGGUGGCUCGGGCCCCUCAAAGCGUUCCUUGAGCCUGCCUCUGUCUGUUCAUUACUAACUACUCUCCGGAGUACUGCGGCUCGACUUUCCCUUGCUGUUGUUGAUCUUCAUGUGAAUGUCAAUCAAUCCCCGGUUCGACGAUUCUUGCUUCAACUACAGUCUACACAAACAUCAUACUUUGGAGCGGCCCUGCAUUUGAUUGACUAGAAUUAUCGCCUUUGUCUGUCGCUACGAAGUGCUCGUGGUCAACGCCUCCAUUCUCCCCCUCCUGUUUGGUUUGCCCGCAACAAAGAUGCGCGCUGCGGCCAAAUUUUUCUAUCUGGCAGUAUUUGCCCUCUCUGCGCGCACCAAUGCUGAGAGCCCCGAGAGCAAAGUCGGUCUACAAUAUCAUCAUGACAAAUGCGCGCUCGACCCUACCGCAAUGGUGUCUGACGCCUGUGUUUCUUAUGGAACCAUCGAUGCUCUGAACGACCAAGUCUACCCUCUCCUCCAAUCCAUCACGCAAGAAACCGAUUUCUUCUCAUACUACCGCCUGAACCUCUUCAACAAGGUCUGCCCGUUCUGGUCGGACGCCAACAGUAUGUGUGGGAACAUCGCAUGUUCCGUGAAUACGAUUGAGUCCGAGGAAGACAUUCCCUUAACGUGGCGGGCGGAGGAGUUGAGUAAACUCGAGGGACCGAAAGCCGGCCAUCCGGGUCGCAGGCAGCAAAAAGAGCGACCCAGGGAUCGUCCGCUUCAAGGAAUGCUGGGUGAGAACGUAGGGGAAAGCUGUGUCGUCGAGUACGACGACGAAUGCGACGAGCGCGACUACUGUGUCCCCGAGGAUGAGGGCGCCAGCAGCAAAGGAGACUACGUCAGUCUGGUGGACAACCCGGAGCGGUUCACAGGGUAUGCCGGCAUGGGAGCCCACCAGGUCUGGGACGCAAUUUAUCGUGAGAACUGUUUUCUCAAGCCAGCUACCCAGCUGGAGCUGUCGCCCAAUCCCCAACUUGGCAACCUCGAGGCCAUGAACGACUUCCGCAGUGUACUGCAGCAUGAGUUGAAGCGUCCGGACCGCCUUUCCUUAGAUAAUGAGUGCCUUGAGAAGCGGGUCUUCCAUCGGCUCAUCAGUGGAAUGCAUGCCUCUAUCUCGACGCACCUGUGCUGGGACUACCUCAACCAAACGACCGGCCAAUGGCAUCCCAACCUGCAAUGUUUCAAGGAGCGUUUGCAUAACCAUCCGGAGCGCAUCUCUAACCUUUACUUUAAUUAUGCCCUGGUUUCCCGGGCUGUGGCGAAGCUGCAGAAGCAUCUCAAGAGCUACAAUUACUGUACCAGCGAUCCGGAACAGGAUACUCAAACCCGUGAUAAGGUGUCGUUGUUGACAGCCACCCUUGCUGAACGCCCGCAGAUCUUUGAUGAGAACAUCAUGUUUCAGGACCCAAGCGCCAGCGGUCUGAAAGAAGAUUUCCGCAACCGCUUCCGCAACGUUAGCCGAUUGAUGGACUGCGUUGGAUGCGACAAGUGCCGCCUCUGGGGCAAGCUUCAAGUCAACGGAUACGGAACCGCCUUGAAGGUGCUCUUUGAGUACGACGAGACCAAGAACGGCGAAAAUCCGUUGCUACGCCGGACCGAGUUAGUGGCGCUUGUCAACACUCUUGGUCGCAUCUCCCACGCUGUGGCCGCGGUUCGGAGCUUUCACCGUGCCAUGGAAGUAGGAGACGGCGAAGUGUUCUCAAUCCCCGCCAGCAUUUCCUCCAAAGAACGUGGGGAUAAGAAAACCCGGCGCCUGCUGAAGGAUGGAGGAUCCACGUUCUACUACGAGAACGACGAUGAGGAUUUCGUGUACCUCGCCGAAAAGCUUCCUUGGGAACGGGUCCGCGAACGUCGGGACGACGACACCCUUUGGGAUGAUAUUAAGGCCGAAUUCUCUCUUGUCUGGGAUACAUAUGUUUAUGUGCUGAAGAGUUGGGCAAAUGUCCCGAAGACACUGGUUGAAAUCAUUGUGAUUGAGAUUGCUCGGGUGUGGAAUUACUGGCUGGGACUUCCAGUACCGCCACGAGCAUGGAAAGUCCAAACUCCUCGACAGGCUAUGCAAAGCCGCGAUGAGUUGUAGGUUCUGACGUAUUUGU